AUCCGGGGAGCUGGAUGAUUGGCUCCAGAACCUUGACAGAUGGAAGUGUCUCCAGGUUCUGGAUCCUUUGGGAGAAGUUCUGGGAAUAUCUGGACAUUCCAAGUGGGGAACUGAAGUCAGAUGAAUCAUGCAAUGGUGACUUCACUGAUGAUGGUGACCUCAUCCCUUUGGCCCAUAGAAAAGCCAAAACAGACUGCCAGGAGUACUUCGAGCCCUGGGUUGAUUCCACCAGUUGUAUAUGGAGUAGGAGGCAGAGGGGAGUAUUAUCCCAGAUGUCCAGGUCAGCCCACUGCUGCGAGGUCAGACUGAGAGGGUCGUCUGCAGAAAGAAAGAAGCAACAGUGCCAGGUUCCAGUGGGUGUUCCAAGUUCCACAUUCCGCCUGCAGAUGCCCGGCGCCAGAGGAAGGCUGGCCCUUCGCAGGGGGGCUGGUAAGGAUUUGUCUGCUCAGAAAGUGGAGCUCCGGAAACACACCUGGAAUUCUGCCCAAAGUCAGAGAAACCAGAGGGCCCACCAGUUCUCCCUCUUACCUCCCUUUCCAGGAGCAGCCAUGGCCCUAAGUGAUUUCGAUGUGCAAAAGCAGAUUAAGCACAUGAUGGCUUUCAUUGAGCAGGAAGCCAAUGAGAAGGCAGAAGAAAUAGAUGCCAAGGCUGAGGAAGAGUUCAACAUUGAGAAAGGACGCCUUGUGCAAACCCAACGACUGAAGAUUAUAGAGUAUUAUGAGAAGAAAGAGAAGCAGAUAGAGCAGCAGAAGAAAAUCCAGAUGUCUGCCUUGAGGAAUCAGGCAAGGCUGAAAGUCCUGCAAGCCCGAAAUGACCUCAUCUCAGAGUUGCUGAAUGAUGCAAAGCUGAGACUCAGCCAGAUGGUGACAGACCGAAAAUUUUACCAGGGGCUCCUGGAUAAACUAGUGCUCCAGGGUCUGCUCCGACUGCUGGAGGCUGUGAUGAUUGUACGCUGCAGGCCACAGGACCACCUCCUGGUGGAGGCUGCAGUGCAAAGAGCCAUCCCCCAGUACACCACAGUCUCCCACAGAUGUGUGGAAGUUCAAGUUGACAAAGAGGUGCAACUGGCUACAGACACAAUUGGAGGUGUGGAGGUCUACAGUAGCGAUCAGAGAAUAAUGGUUUCUAAUACUCUGGAAAGUCGACUGGAUCUCUUAGCCCAGCAAAAGAUGCCAGAAAUACGAAAGGCCUUGUUUGGAGCCAAUGACAGCAGGAAGUUUUUUGUAUAAGCCUCUGGAAACUGAAGCUCCUGUUGAACUUCUAAGCCAUAAAAGUAUAACUCAUUAGGGCAAAGCAAACUGGUAAUAUCUCCUCCUCUGUUUUGCUCUGGGAUUAGUCUGUCUUUAUAAAAUACUCUCUGACUAGCUAAAGGCAUUAUACUUUGGAAUAAAGCCCGACUUAAUGCUUAUAAAUCUAA